CUCACUAUUUGACUAUUUGUCCCACUAUUCUUAGAAUUUCCAAGCCCUUUUUCGGCAAAACAAAUCUGAACACUGAAAAACCCUUUCUUUUUCAGUUUGAACUUUCCUUCGUGACAGUCACGUGUGCCCUGCCACAUGCCAUCUCUCCUACUCUCCCCCCCUCCCCUGUUUCUCUAUGUCCCUUUCUCUGCCAAUGUGACUUCGUGUUGCGCAAUAAAUGCCAAAGAAAUUUUCAAACCACCAUGCGUUGAACUGAUUCUGUGCAAAAACUAGAAAUGGAUGGUGGUGGCUACAACUUAACAACAACCUCUUUGAGCAGUUCAAUGGAGCAAGUGAUGAGACCCAAAUCACCAUUGCCGGGCUUAGUUGAUUUUCAUGGGAAGCGGAAGCAAAUGGUUAAGAUUCAGGUUUUGGAGAGAGAGAUUGGUUUGCUUCAGGAGGAAUUAAAAUCACUUGAAGGCCUUAACCCUGCUUCUAGAUGCUGCAAAGAGCUUGAUGCCUUUGUAGACUCUGUUUCAGAUCCCUUCACACCCACAAAACAGACAGUCUCUAAAUCCCAUCACUUCAGGAGGCAGAUGAUCAGUCUUCCACGGGUUUGCUGCUCCAACAGUUGCCUGCUGCAUAAGAAAACAGCAAAAGGUUGUUGUUGGGACUGCUGUUCUUCAUCAAACUCCAAGUGUUGUCACUGUUGUGGCUGCUGCUGCUGCUGCUUGAAGAGUGCAUCAAGAUCCUGUGCUCAAAAUUGUUGCUAGAGUGUGCUUUUUCCUGUGAACCCUCGUUCUCAUUGUGUGAAGAACUGUUGUCGUACACACGUUAUCAAUAACUAAAGAACUAUCAUAAAGCUCAAGUGAAAAACAUAGUUUAUAAGGGAAUGAUGGCAAUAUCCAUCAUCAUUUUCCUUCUUAGCUAACAAAUGGUCUUGGGUUGCAUUUGAUAAAAAUCAACAAGUGUUCUGUGA